AUUCACAUCCUGUUUCCUGAUUUUGUUAUAAGGAUCGAAGGAGAACAGAAACUACUCUGUUUUUUUAGCCAGGGCCAUACAGACAGUGUCAUGUCGUAAACGAAAUAUUCAAAUCUGCAGUUACAACAAAAAACAAGUCAAAACUGUCCAAGUGGUUUCAGAGACUUUGUAAAUGAAAUGGAGAUUCAGGUUCAGGAAUUUUUUUUUUACACAAAUAUUUAUUUUAGAAAGUGCUGUCAAGCUAUGCAGACAGUGUGGUAAAAAAAAAAAGUGUUUUCAUUUUUGAGUAAUCCAUAAAACAUUUCCAUACUGUGAUAUUGCUAAUUCACUUCCUUUGCUAACGGAAAUCUAAAACAUGGUAUAACUAUUUUGCAGGGGCAGAUCCAGAGGUGGGGCCAAGGGGCACUGGCCACAGAUGAAAUCUUACUUACAAGUGCGCCUGUCCUGUCUUUUUUUAAAAGAGCUUUUAUUUUCUAGGCUUUUUUGAAGAACACAAUGUGCUUGAACAAGGAACAAUUAUCAAAAUAUGUUCAAUGAUGUGUGACAAAAACUAAAAAACAAGGCCCUUUUAUGGCCCCUGGUCUAGAAAAAUAGCAUUCGGUGGCAACCACAUAAAACCUUACAAUAACUCUCACUACACAUAUACAAUUAUAAAUUGAUUAAAACGUGGUGGGCAAAGAAAAAAAUGACAUCUUCAAUGUCAAGAAGAGAUUUUGUGUAAAUACAUUUUGUCACAUUCCAACAUAGUUUCACUUAAAUAUAAUACUUCUUCCAUCACUGGAAGUAAACCAGUACAACUUUUCUGCAUUCAAGUGAUGGUUUCACUAUCACAGCAAGUUUCUCACACGUUUUAAUCAUCAUCAUCCUCCUGUUAUGAGAAUCUUGUGCUAAUAAUGUCUGGGCCUCCGGAGCUGUCAAUUGAUAACCACCAGUUUCCUUUAUCUUUUUUGUUCCUGUAACAAUGAGUGAGAAAUAAAGUAUUUCAGAGCAACAAAAGAAAGAGGAAGUGUGAGGGAAGAGAUACAUUUUGCUGAGAGCAUUACUGUGAGAGAAGUGUCACAACCACCUGUUACGGAAACACCCUAAUUUAAAAAGCGCACAGGAAGUGUUGCACAUAGGGUACAUAAGUGUCAAAGCAGCACCAUCUUUGGCCUUGAGAAGAUUGAUGUUGAAGAUGAGAGACCAGCGUCAUAUUUUCCUGCUCACCUACAUGGUGGCGCUUGCCGCCCCUCUUUCUUUGGCUUUCAACAUUGAUGCAACAAAUCCUGAUGUCUAUGCUGGUGAAAGGAAAGAUUUCUUUGGAUACAAAGUGCUUCAGUUCACGUCUGGCACAGACAAAGGGAUAAUCGUCACUGCGCCGCUGCAGCUCAAUGGAUCUGGAGGAGUAUGCAGACCUUACAAAAACCAAAGCACCCAGUGUUUUAAUGCUGAAGACAUUACUGUGAAAGAUGAAACGUUACCAGUGAAGCUCCUCGGCCUGUCGAUCGCCACAGACUCCACAAGCUCCCAGUUCAUUGUUUGCAGCCCAAGUGUAGCACAUGAAUGUAAUGAAAACUCCUAUCUGAACACUGUGUGUUACAACAUGACAUAUAGUCUUCAGACAAUCUCCUCUUUCACUCCUGCUUUCCAAGAAUGUACCAAAAAGACAGUGGACCUUGUCUUUCUUGUUGAUGGAUCAGGCAGUAUGACCGGAGCUGAGUUCAGAAAAAAUAAAGAUUUCAUAGUGGAUAUAAUGGCCAGCCUUAAGAACACAUCAAUCAAGUUCUCAGCAGUUCAGUUCUCCUCAAACAACAGGAAGGUAUUUGACUUCAACGACUAUCAAGAUGGCAGCGCUCUUAAAAAACUAAAGGAAGAACCCCACAUGGAGGAUCUGACCAACACACAUGGAGCCCUCGAAUUUGUGAUGAUAAAUAUCUUGGAAAACCAAACUGCAGGUGCCUCUCCUGAUGCAAUUAAAGUUCUGGUCAUAAUCACAGAUGGCGAUCCCAGUGACAGAGACAAUGGGAUUAUUAAAAAAUAUGAUAAGAAACAUAUCAUUCGCUUUGUCAUUGGGGUCAAAGAAGCCACGUUAGAAAAAUUCACAGCCAUUGCUUCAAAACCAGCAGAGGACUAUGCCUUUAAAAUCGAGAACUACAACGGACUGAAAGGAAUACUGGAAAAGUUUCAAAAAAGGAUUUUUAAAAUGGAAGGCUCCAGUGUGGCUCGAGGAGGAGACUUGAAGGAGGAAAUGGCUCAGAGUGGAUUCAGUGCUGUCUUCUAUAACAAUACGUUGAUCCUGGGUUCAGUGGGCUCAAAGAGCUGGGGGGGCUCUCUCCAAGAGAUCCAUGAAGGAAAAGAAACACAAAUUGAAGAUCCACCAAUGAAGAAGGACUCUUACAUGGGAUACUCCAUCUCUGUUGGCAAAAGGGACAAUGCUUCUCUAUACUUUGCGGGUGCACCAAGAUUUGAGCACACAGGACAGGUCCUACUUUUCAGACGUGAUGGUGGUAAUUGGGCCGCAGCCCAAUCACUAAAUGGUACCCAGAUUGGCUCCUACUUUGGUGCAGAGCUGUGCUCAGUAGAUAUCGACUCAGAUGGUAACACUGACUUCCUGUUGGUGGGAGCUCCCCUGUUCUAUCAGCCCCAUGAGAAGAAAGAAGGCCGGAUCUAUGUCUACAUACUGUCUGAGGAGAUGCAACUGGAAAUUGUACUAAGUGUGACAGCAUCCAUGGGCAGAUUCGGCACCACCAUUUCCAGCCUUGCGGAUCUUAACGGAGACGAACUCCGAGACGUUGCUGUUGGAGCCCCCCUUGAGGAUGAUAACAGAGGGGCUGUGUACAUCUACCUUGGUGACAGACGCAAUGGCAUACGCAGCCAUUUCAGCCAGAGAAUCAUGGGACAGGAAAUAAGACAUGAGAUGAGAUUCUUCGGACAGGCCAUUGAUGGGGGCAUUGACCUCGGAGAGGACGGACUUCCAGAUAUUUUGAUCGGAUCCCAGGGCAUUGCUGUUGUCUUGAGGUGCCGUCCUGUCUUCAACGUCACCGCACAUCUCUCUUUUCUUCCUAAGGAAAUAAGCACUGAGGAGAUUAACUGUGUGGACCAAACAGAUGAAAGUUUACCCAUGGGGAUCUUACAUGUCUGCUUUGAAAUGGUAGAAAACACAAAGAGCAAAGCCGACGUGAUGAGCUCAGGACUGAACAUCUCAUACAUGCUUAAUGUGGAUCCAGUGAGACAAACCUACCGAGGUUUCUUUGGAAAUGACAAGAAAGCCAGGAGUCUUACUUCCUCCUGCAACCUAACGGCUAACGAAACUUGCUUACAGCUCCCUGUCAACAUGCCUAAAUGUCUGAAAGACACUUUUUCACCCAUCACCAUCAAAUUCAACUUUUCCCAAGUCGACAGUGAGAGUGCGAGUGCCGUCCUGAACGUGGACAGCAGCAGGUCGGCUAGUGUUGAGGUUCCCUUUGAAAAGCAAUGUGCAAAAAACGACAACUGUGUUGCUGAGCUCGAGGUGGAUUUCAACUUCACGACUCCGGCCUUAUUGGUGGCAGAAGAUAGCUACUUCAACGUGACUGUAAAACUGUCCAAUUAUGGUGAUGACUCAUACAACACCAGCCUCACCAUGCACUAUCCUCCUGGCCUCUCCUUCUCCAGGAUGAUUAUUAAUGAGUCGACUAGACCAACGCUCCACAGCUGUCAUGAUCUUGACGGAGUGCUUGACAAAACUGUGUGCGGCGUCAGCCUUCCUGUGUAUCGCAGCAGAUCUGCUGUAACAUUUAUAACUACUUUCCUCAUCAUGCCCGAGUACAAGUGGAACGACACAAUCGUGAUGACCGUUACUGGAAGAAGUGAUAACGCGAACAUCACCGAGAACAAUACCCUGACCAAAAGCCUCCCAGUGCAAUUUGAAAUUAAAAUGGGACUAACAGUGAAAGAAGGCACCACCACAUAUCUGAACUUCACAGCAGAAGAGGCUGCACCUAAAAAAAUGGAGAUUAUAUACCAGAUUGAUAAUCCAGGUUUUAAGGCUUUUCCUGUCAACGUGUCUCUGUUCUUCCCAACGCAACUGGAACAUAACUUUGAAAUGAAGGAUUAUCAAGUGUUUGUCCAGCAGAACAAAACUCAAUGCAGACUCCCUGAUCUCAAAGAUGAUCACUGCUCGCCAGAAGAACGCCACAAAAUCAUUGAAUGUGACACAUUCAUCCUGGACAAGGAGUCGUCCACUGAGUUCACAUUGUCAGGAGAAGCACAUUUUAGGGAUCUCGAAAAGCAUGCAGAGAAUAAUGCCUUUCUGAAACGAUACACCGGAGACAGCGGGGAGGUGAAAUUCAAAAGCUCCAUAGGUGUUGAAUUUGACGGGCGACACUACGUGCUAGUUUCUCGUAAAAAAGAGAGAAAAGAUGGAUUUAUGGAGACGUCUCAUAAAUCUUGCUCAUGGAAAGACAACGAUCCAACCAUGAAAUGGAGUGAAGUUCGGGUUGAGUUCAUAAUUCUCCCCAAUCGACUGCUGAUCAUCCUAACUGGAGUUGGAUUGGGUUUGUUGUUUCUCAUCAUAACCACAAUCAUCAUGUGUAAGCUUGGCUGCUUCAAGAGGAAGACGUUUUAUGAAGAAGAUGAGACAGAUGCUGUUCUUCAGGCUGACAGUUCCUAUGACUUUGCCUUUGACCCCAGAGCAGUCAGCCAAUUAGAGACUGAAGGCAAAUCUGACAAACCAUCAGAGGAGAAAUCGCUUCUUGUUGAUGACGAGGCCAAAGGCAGCAUUGCAGUAGCUGAUGAAGAGGAGGGACUAGAGUAUAAAUAGUAAUUUACAACCAUUAAGGUGGGCUGACAAAUGCCUGAAUUAUGAAGGAUGCAGCAUGCACAGUCAUUAUUAAUGAGCAAAAUUACUAAAGGGACAGCUUGUCAUUUUUACAAAUAGGCUUAUUUGCUUCCUAGCUGAGAGUAAAAGAAGAUACCACUCCAAAUAUAAAUCUGGAGCCACAAGAUGGAGAGAUUGGAUUUGCAUAUAUAUUAAACACAAAGGGAAGUGGUAGCCUGGCUCUGUAGAAUGUAGCAACAUCUAAUGAACCAAGUACAUUUUUUAUCCAUAUAGUCCAAAUAUUACAAAUUUGCCUCAAGGGUCUUUACAGAUGUUCAACAAAAUAACACCUUCUGUCCUUAGAGACUCAAACUGAAUAAAUAAAAAAGAAGAAAUGAAGGAAACCCGAAGAAGAGGAACUGAGGAGGGAUCCCUCCUACAGGACACACUGACAUGCAGUAGAUGUUGUGUGUACAGAAUAGAUCUUACAGUCUUACAGUAUGGAUGAAUAGCAGGGUCAAAAUAUAGAUUGUAAAUAUACAGGAAGAAUAUGAUGCGAGAGGAUGUUGACAUGUCCAUCAGAUGGGACCUGGGCCACACGACCUGGAGUGGGGACAGACAAACCAAAAACAGGAGGCCAAGCACAUCCUGAACACAUAACCUCCAGCUCCCAGCUACUCUAGCUCACUGAUUUUCCUCUUAUAUCUCGUUUUACAAAAACCUUCGCUCAGUCACCACGUUGAUGUCUACAUGUGGAACCUUGGUCACGUGGUAACCGGUGCUGCUAAAGAGCGGAUCUCCACAGAGAAGAGAACCAACAUCACAGCAACUGUGAGGAGCUCGAUGACGCUGGAGUAGGUCGCAUAAAGACAACCGUGCAAAAGAAAUGCUUUUUUUUAAAUAUUUUAUCAAAUCAUUAAAUGUUUUUGGAGCACUUUUAUUCCAUGUAAUACCAUGGUUGUGUUAUAUCAGGCACAACAAAGUUAUGUGAAAACUCGUCCUCAACACAGAAGAGACACAAGUUUAACUUGCAGGUAGCGUCACAUGAAGCCUGGUCACAUGAUCCCUGUGUCCGGCCUAGGGUGCCGUCUCUACUAAUGUAUAUUUACACUGUAAAAUACUGUAACAUUAAUACUAGUCAGCCUUUACCUAUUUGUGAUCUUCGGCGAAGGUUUUAUCUCCUUGUUUAUGCAAUGUUGUGCCUUAAUAUUAUUAUGUUUUUAUGCUUUUUCAUUCAAAACAUUAAA